AUGCCCAAGCCAAACUCAAAAGCCGAUUGCGGAAAUCUGGACACUCUCCCAACGAAAUAUGCAACCCUCCAAUUCUUCGACGCCUCAGACCCGAAAUGGGCAACCGAGAAACCUUUCUACUCCAACAUCCCCUUCACACAGACUAGAAUCGCCAACACAAAUGUUAUCAACACAAGUGCACGGGUCCAGAUCUCUGACAUCAGAGGCCAUAAAUCCGAUUUUACACUCGACAAGAAUGGCUUCCAAUUAGUAAACUGGAAGCACAAGUUCUGUGAUAUCGGGCCUUCGUUUCAGGAAGAAGGGUAUCCUGCUGUGGUCAAGUUUAUGAAAGAGGUUCUUGGAAGUCACGUCAAAGUUUGUGUAUUUGAUCAUAUUGUCCGUCAGAGUCGGCCGCGAGGCUCUGCACCUGAAGAUGAGAAAGGGUACAUUGGUAGACCCAGUAAGGUUGCUCACAAUGACCAAACCUACGAAGGAACAAUCGCAAAGAUUAAACACGACUUUGGCUCCCAAGCCCCAUCAAUUCUCUCGCAACGCUUCAGGAUAAUAAAUGUCUGGAAACCCCUCAAACCCGUCCGCCAAUACCCCCUCACCCUCUGUGAUUACCGCACAUGUGAUGAAAGGGACGGUCAUCGAAGUGAUUUGGUCUACCCCCACGUUGUGAGUGAGAACAUCCUUUUCUCUUACUCAAAAGAUCAGAAGUGGUACUACGUUAGUGACCAAUCUGAUGAGGAGGUUUGGCUGAUCAAGACGAUGGAUUCUUUGGCGAGGACUGAGGAUGUUGCCAUGUAUACGCCGCAUACUUCGUUCUUUGAUGAGGACCCUGUUGUCGCGAAGGAGAUACGAGAAAGCAUCGAGCUUAGGGUGUAUGUGAUUGGAUGA